AUGAAGACAUCUUCAAGAAAGAGAGAUUCAAGUUUCUUAGAGCAACUGAUUCUCUACGUCGCAGGCGCUGCAUUGGCUAGCUUGUCUCUAUACGUCUGUGCCCGUCAUUCCGACCCGAACCGUGACGCUUCUGACAAGGCCCUCAAGCGUAAGAGAGAAAUCGCCAAGCGUCUCGGUCGUCCUCUUAUCCAGACCAAUCAAUACGAGGAUGUAAUAGCUGGUGAUGUAAUAAACUCACGAAAGAUAGACGUGGAGUUUGAUUCUAUUGGAGGGUUAGAGUCAAAGAAGCAGUCUCUGUACGAGCUUGUGAUUCUACCGCUGAAAAGACCUGAGCUUUUCGCUUAUGGGAAGUUGCUUGGCCCUCAAAAGGGUGUGUUGCUGUAUGGUCCUCCUGGAACCGGGAAGACCAUGCUUGCUAAAGCUAUUGCGAAAGAAUCGGGAGCUGUUUUUAUAAAUGUGAGGGUCUCUAAUCUGAUGAGCAAGUGGUUUGGUGAUGCACAAAAACUUGUGGCUGCUGUGUUUAGCUUGGCGGAGAAACUCCAGCCUGCGAUUGUUUUUAUCGAUGAGGUGGAUAGCUUUCUUGGCCAGCGAAGGUCUACGGGUAAUGAGGCGAUGGCGAUUAUGAAGACGGAGUUUAUGGCUUUAUGGGAUGGGGUUGCUACAGACAAGAAUGCGAGGGUGAUGGUUCUUGGUGCGACAAACAGACCUUCCGAGCUGGAUGAAGCGAUAUUGAGGCGUUUUGCUCAGGCGUUUGAGAUAGGGAUGCCUGAUUGCAAGGAGAGAGCUGAGAUACUGAGAGUUGUUUUGAAAGGAGAGAGGGUGGAGGAGGGUAUUGACUUUGAUCUUGUAGCGAGGUUGUGUGAAGACUAUACCGGGUCAGAUAUCUUUGAGCUUUGCAAGAAAGCAGCUUACUUGCCAAUCAGAGAGAUACUAGAGGAGGAGAGAAAGGGCAGGAAAAUUCCGGUUCCUAGGGCAUUGACACAAAUGGACUUGGAGAAGGUGCUUGCUACCUCAAAGAAAACUCAGGUUGCUGCAAGCGAGUACUCUGAUUCAAGGUUGCAAGGUUCGGUUUGGAGAAGGCCAAAGGAUAGCGACGAGGUACAAGCAGUUAUUAAUGGCAUCUCAAGGCUUUUAGUCUCUGGGAUGAUAAAUCAGCAGUGA